GCGAUUUCUCUCUCUCCCUCUCUCUCUCUCUCUCCCUCUCUCUCUCUCUCUCUUCCUAAAGUAUUUGCUUUUCUUCGUCGAGGCUAAAUCCCAGAUUUUCCUUAGUUUACUUUCCGCCGAUUCUUGAUGCUUUUAAUUAAUAGAAUUUUUGAAAAGUGAUGAAAUCCUCCAAGUUCGUAUAAUCGGUGCUCCUUUUAAAGAUUUAAUAUUUUCUUGGUUUUGAUUGUUUAUCCUUUUGCAGAUAUAUAUGCGGGUGGUUAAUCCAUCCUUGUGUAUCGACGGUGCACAACCAUUGGUGUACCUCCCUCCUCCUCCUCCUCCUCGCUCUAUUCAUUUUCCCGCUAAUGGAAAAUUCCAUGGGCGUUGUUACUAUCCUACGAGCGUUUCUAUGCAAUCCCAGAGCCAGUCAGUUGCAAGUACAGGAGCCAAAAGAUUUGGUUUCAGCUCUAAGAGCAAAAGAUCUGUCUUUGCAUGUAAAGCUGCGCUGAAUGCAAAAUGCAGUCAAGGGCAAACACAGACUGUUACUCGGGAAUCACCGACAAUUACACAAGCUCCUACACAUGGAAAGGAGAAAUCCCCAAAGCUUGAUGACGGUGGAAGCGGGUUCCCACCCCGGGAUGAUGGUGGUGGUGGGGGCGGAGGAGGCGGUGGAGAGAGCUUCUCAGGUGGAUUCUUCCUUUUCGGGUUUCUUAUGUUCAUGGGUUACUUGAAAGAUUUGGAGGGCGAACAUGAAACCAGCCACUAGCUAGAGAGGGGAGGAAGGGGAAACAUGAUGCUCCAACAGACAGACAGACAGACAGAUCUCUAGACGAAGUUCUGAAACAGAGAUAGUGCUAGCAAUUAGGCACAUAUUUGUAUGUUUCAUCAAUUUUGAUCAUGAAUCAGACAGAUUUUUGUUAUCUCGACAUAAAACAAAAUGCUUCAUCUUUAUAACAAAUGUUCAAAGAUUUGGAACUGAGGUUUAGGA